CAAGCAGUCCAUUUUAAAUAUCCACCAAAAGGGUCUGCCUUCAAAGUUAGUCUAAGUUAAUUACUGGAUAGGUGUUUGGUCUAAUUUUUGUUUUGAGUCAUUGACCGAAAAUCUUAUCACAGAAAAGGGGCAAGCCUUCUGCCUGAUCUCAAAUCUCUAUAUCUCUCUGAUAAGAAAGAGGAAGUAUAGUGCAAUCAUGGGGCGUAGCAAGAUAGAGAUGAAGUUGAUUGAGGACACAACUAACAGGCAAGUUACAUUCUCAAAAUUUCGAGCAGGUUUGCUUAAGAAAGCCCAUGAAGUUUCUGUGCUUUGUGAUGCCGAAAUUGGGCUCAUUAUCUUCUCAAGCACUGGGGAGUUGUUUGACUACUGCACUCAACCACUAAGCAUGGAACAAAUCAUAGAAAGAUAUCAACUUGCCAAAGGGACUCAAACUCCUCAACAGAGUGGCUUGCAAAAUAUGUCUGAGAAACUAAGAAGAGAAAGCCAUUGUUUGGAACUUAGCUUGAACCACCUCAAUGGCAGUGAGUUGAAUUCGUUAAAAAUUGAGGAUUUAGAAGAGCUUGAACAGCAACUGGAAUACUCAAUUAACAAGGUCCGAGCUAGGAAGGAGCAGCUCUUGAAACUGCAAAUGGACAAUCUAGAAAGAAAUGUUGAAAAAAUGGAAGUGGAAAACAACCAACUUUGCCAUUGGAUAGAGGAGAAGCAGGCGUCAUCAAGGCAGCAACAAGUUCCAAUUGAAGCAAAUAUGCUGGAAGAGAAGCAACAGCAAGUGUUGAAUCAGUUCCCAUUCCUUGGAGAAGAGCAACCAAUUAGCGUGCUUCAGCUUGUAAGUCUGCCUCCCUCUCGCCCAUAUCUCGGCCAACCAAUGCAGAGCAACCUUCAAGAAGCAAAUACCCAUCAUCAAUAGGUCUGGUAUCAUUCCAUAUUUGAUAUUCUCAUAAGAUCAAGCAUAUAAUACAUUUCAGUACCCUUCCUUUAUUUAUAAUAUACACACAUAAUUUGCUUUUUCUUGUCUGCAGAUUGGUUAAGCUUAAUUGCCUCUGAGAAAUAUUUACAUGAUAAAGAAGAGAAGAACGGAAGUCAAUCUUUCUUGAAAUAAUGAAAUGUAAAUCUCUUAGUAUUAGGCGCUCUU